UAAUUUCUUUGUAUUCUUUUGUUCAGGUUUUGGAGGGAUCCAAUGUUUUGUUAUAUUCCUUUUGUAAUCGAAGUCUAUCCUUAAUUGUUGUUUUCUUUUCCUGUUUCUGAUCUUUCAGUAUUUUUUUCCAUUUCUGUUGACCUCGGCAUUGAAAUUAUUCAUGAGUGUUACGUCUGUAAGUAUGAGUCGGUGUCUGGACCAGUUCUAGUAAUAUUUCUGCUAUGUAAUGGUUUGGGAUUGAAGUGCAGAGGAUUCCGCAAACGAAGGGAGAUAACAUUUCUAUUUGCGAUUGGAUCUAACCCAAGUAACUCAUUGCUUUGGACCUCUCCAAUGUUAUAACCCCUCCGCGGGAACUGUGUUUCUGCUCUUUGCUUCUCAUCUACCAAUAGUGCAAGUUGAAGAUGGUAUAUGAGGAGGUCCUAAAGGCUGUAUUUCCCCUACUGGAUGGGAAAGACCUGGCUUCCUGUAUGCGGGUAUGUCGGCAGUGGAGGGACAUAGCCAGAGAUGAUUAUUUCUGGAAAUGCCUCUGUGUUAAGCGAUGGCCUUCUAUCUGCAAGAGACCUACCCCUCCCCCUCUGACCUACCAGAAGUUCUACCGAACCUUCUAUAAACGCCAUAGCCGCAGAAUGCUCCUUCCCCCAAGGCUUUCCUUUGAUGAUUUGGAAUUCUACAUUGACAUCUGGGCAGAAGAGAGGAUAAUUUUUUCAGAAGUGAUCACUGGCCCUGUUCUUCGAACUGGAAUCAAGACCUUGCCGGCUGGCAUUUCUGAGAUGCUGAAGUUUCACUUGGAGGGCCCAGAAUACAAGAUGACAGUCCCUGUGGAACCAAGGCUUACUGUACCUCUAAGCCAGACUGUCAGCGUUUCUGUACUUGUAGGCCGCAGGGAUACCAACAAGGUUGCAUGCAUUAUCAACAAAGCACUGUUUGAUUACAUUGAUCGGACAGCAUACAGAGCCCUCGCCUUUGAUUAUCUAGACUUCUCGCCAAUUUAUCCGUUUGUCUCAGGUAUUCGAGCUUGGAUAUCCUUGCUGUUCAUGGAAGAUGGUAAGGAUGGGGUCAUUGAUGUCUUCGGUAUUGAGAUGGAUUUCUGUGACGCUGCAAACUCAGAGGAAGAAGUUCUGUGGCUCUUGGAUAUGCUUGAUUGGAAGUGAGAUUUAAUCGUUCAUGUGUAUCUAUUUCUGUCUAGUGUUGCGGGGCUGUGCAAUGUGAACAGUUUACCAUGUCAAUAUCUUGUUCAAUUGAGGACUUUGUAUAUAUAUAUCCUAUUUAUUGCAAAUCUCCCUCUCUUUCUCUCUC